CUCCCCUCGCAAGGGUCGAAGGGCCUCUUCCUCCGGCGACUCCUUCUUCCCGCACUACCGCGGAGGCCUGCUUCCUGGCCUUGGGCUCGCGUCGUUCCUUCUUGCCGAGCUGAGGCGCCCGGCGGAGGCGGCCCCACUCCCGGCGAGGCCCCGGCUGCGGCGCGGAGGUGCAGCCGGGGCCGGGGGAGGAUGCGGCGGCGGCUGGCGCGGCUGGUGCUGCUGUGCCUGGGCUGCGGACUGUGCUCGCUGCUCUACGCCUUCAGCCAGCUGGCCCUGGAGCAGCAGCAGCAGGAGGAGGACGGUGCCCGGCGCCAGAGGGCCUUCCCCCUUCGCAGGCAGCCGAGCGGCGGCGCGGCCUGGAGGCGCCCACAGCAGAGGUGUAAGAAUGUGUCUGUGUCUUACUGGAAUUCCUAUUGGAUGCUGCCCUCUGAUGUUUGUGGAAUGAACUGCUUUUGGGAAGCUGCUCGUAGAUAUGAUUUAUCGAAACUACACCCAUCUGAGGCGAUGCAUUUGGCAGUGGUUGCCUGUGGUGAGAGGUUGGAGGAGACUAUUACUAUGUUGAGAUCAGCCAUUAUCUUCAGCAUCAAACCUCUACAAUUCCAUAUUUUUGCAGAGGACCAAUUACAUCAUGACUUCAGAGAAACACUUGAUAAUUUGGCGUAUCAAGAAAAAUUUAAUUAUACUUUAUACCCCAUCUCAUUUCCAACCGAGAAUGCAGCAGAAUGGAAGAAACUGUUCAAGCCUUGUGCUUCUCAAAGGCUUUUUCUCCCACUAAUUCUGAGCGAUGUGGACUCUCUGCUGUAUGUUGACACAGAUAUUUUGUUCUUACGUCCUGUUGAUGAUAUUUGGUCCUUCCUGAAAAAAAUGAAUUCUUCUCAAAUUGCUGCAAUGGCACCUGAACAUGAAGAACCUCGUAUUGGGUGGUAUAAUCGCUUUGCUAGACAUCCAUAUUAUGGCAAGACUGGAAUAAAUUCUGGAGUAAUGUUAAUGAAUAUGACUCGCAUAAGAAGAAAAUACUUCAAGAAUGAUAUGACGACAGUUCGGCUACGGUGGGAACAAAUUCUCAUGCCACUACUGAAAAAAUAUAAGUUGAAUAUAACUUGGGGUGAUCAAGAUCUUCUGAACAUUAUGUUUUUUCAUAAUCCAGAAAGCCUUUUUGUUUUUCCUUGUCAAUGGAACUAUCGACCUGACCACUGUAUUUAUGGGAGCAAUUGCCAGCAAGCUGAAAAAGAAGGAAUAUUCAUCCUUCAUGGAAACAGAGGUGUUUACCAUGAUGAUAAGCAACCAGCUUUUCGAGCUGUAUAUGAUGCAAUAAAGCAUUAUACAUUUGGUGAUGAUUUGGUGAAUGCCUUGCUGCUGCCCCUUGAACUGGAACUUCAAAAGACCCAGCAUACUUAUUGUGGAAGAAUAUACAAAGUUUUCAUAAAGCAGCUAACAAAAAGUAUACAGGACAUUGCUGAUAGAAGAUCUAAAAGAAGGUGAUUAUUUCAGAACCUUCAAACAUGGAUGAAUGCUGGAAAAUAUAUGAGACCGGAAGGAUGUUCAUGAAAACAACUGCUUGAAGGAGUUUCUACUUAUAUGGCCAGAUCCUUCUCCCAGUGAGAAGAUGCUGUUCAUCUUGAAGAAUUCUUUGCAUGGCGCAACAGUGUAGAGAAUAUUUAAAGUUCUGUUACUACACAUUUUCACUGCAGUGAAUAAGAGUAUUGCUGAGUUUUGUAUUCAGGUUUAUUCUACAUAAUUCAGUUUUUUUGUAAACCUCAGAUGAGUCCGAUAGAAAUGAAGGCCUGUAUACUUCAGAAAUGACUUUCAUACCUAACCUAAAAUUCUACUAAACUGUGAAUGUAGCAAUAAUGGAGUCAGCACUAACCUCACUUUAAAAGUGUGACAACAAGUUGUUUACAAAGCUCAGAAAUUAUUCUGUUUUCAAAGGAAUGUGAUGUGACCGAUGACAAUCUAAUUGUGCCUUUUUUUAUCUCUUCUUAAUAAAUAUUUGACAAUCAUGUUUAUAUAGCUAUAAACUGCACAGGAUACAUAGGACUUCCACUCUAAACAGAAAUAUGCAGUGGAAAUGAAUCUCUUUUUUAUCUGUAGUUAAUUGUAUAUUUCUAUAAACAGAAUAGCUGGGACCUAAAGAGCACUUAGACAAGCUGAAAAGCUCAGUAUGGACAUGCUAAUGUGCUUUUCUUCCUCCUUCCAUUCCUCAUUUUGAAAUAUUACAAGCUAAAUUCAGAGUUCAAGUUCAUAGGGGGGCAUAGUCCCUGAACCACGGGGAGGGGGGGGGGUUUGAUGAGAAUUAUCGUAUAUACUCCUGUAUAAGUUGGUUUCAUGUUUGAGGGGAGGUUUCAGGGCCAAAACUAUAGAUUUUAUUUGACCUGUGGAUGAGUCAAGGGUUAUUCCAUGGAGAAGGUAAAGCACCGAUGUCACAUAGAAUCAUAGAAUAAUAGAGUGGCAAGAGACCACAUGGGCCAUCUAGUCCAACCCCCUGCCAUGCAGGAAAAAGUAUCCCUGACAGAUGGCCACCCAGCCUUGUUUAAAAGUUUCCAAGGAAGGAGUUUCCACCAUACUCCAAGGCAGAGAGUUCCACUGUUGAACAGCUUGUAUGGUCAGGAAGUUCUUCCUAAUGUUUAGGUGGAAUCUCUUUUCCUGUAAUUUGAACCCAUUGCUCCUAGUCUUAGUUUCCAGGGCAGCAGAAAACAAGUCUGCUCCCUGUUCCAUAUGACACCCUUUCACAUAUUUUUAUAAGAAUUAUAAAGAUAACAGUACUUAUUCACCUGUGAAGAAGUCAACUCAGACUCUUUGGAUUGAUUUUUGACUAAUAUUUCUAGACUUAUACAUGGGUAUAUAGGGUAAUAGCUCAGAAACUUUUAAGCUCAUAGAGUUUGCAUGGUUCUUUCGGGUCCUGGCCAGUAUUCUAUCUUGGUUGAACCAAAAUGCUAUAUUUUUUCAUUAUUUUUUUUUACUAAUGUAGAAUGUAAUCAUUAAUACUUACAAUGUUGUUUUCAAAUAUAUUUGAGUAAGAUUUUUCUAUGACUUCACUGGUCGUUCUGGAAGGAAAAUUGUGAAAUAUGCCAUAGGGGUUUUUAAUGAAGUAUUAUGCUAGUAUAUGGAUCUUAGUAUUUGAAUCCUAGUGCAUUUUUAUUUACCAAAAUACAUUAAAUCAUAGGUGAAUGCUUUAGAGAUGAUUAUGUUACUUGUCUUAUGUUGAGUCAAUAGUUGUUCGUUUACCAAAUAGUAUUUGCAUAUUUCGCAACAAAGCUUUAAAAUAUUUGGCCAGAAUCUGGGUUACAAACAUCUGAUUUUAGUGAACCCAUGAUGGCUAUUCUAUUCUGUAUCUAUUCUGUAAUUUUUGCUCUAUUAGUAAUUACUGCAAAAUGUUGUUUUGCCUAAAAUGCAACAAUGAUUAUUGUGUUGUUGAAGGCUUUCAUGGCCAGAAUCACUGGGUUGCUGUGAGUUUUCCGGGCUAUAUGGCCAUAUUCCAGAAGCAUUUUCUCCUGAUGUUCCGUCCACAUGUAUGGCAGGCAUCCUCAGAGGUUGUGAGGUCUGCAACAUUCACAUUUGUCUCCAACAGAUAAGAGAUCUUUCUCCCACCCUGGACAUUCCACAGAUAUAUAAACUCCACUUGCCGAAUUUCCAACAGACUUCACAAUGUCUGAGGAUGCCUGCCAUAGAUGUGGGCAAAACACCAGAAGAAAAUGCUUCUGGAACAUGGCCAUACAGCCCAGAAAACUCACAGCGACCCAGUAAUUAUUGUAUCUAUACAUUUAGUGGGAAUAAAGUUGCCUGAACAUAGAGGGCUUCACAGACUAAUCUGGCUUGCUUAGAAGUUCUAUUUUUCAUUAUAAGGUGACAUGCCAUCACCUCUGCAGCAGUUAUUUAAAGUUGCUGAAAACUUGAGGCUCAAAUAUUCUUCAUUUAAUAAUAAUAAUAAUAAAACAACUUUAUUUAUACUUCGCCACCGUCUCAGUGCGGCUCACAAAAGUACUCCAAGGUGCCACACAUUUGAUGCACCCAGAGCUUAGAACAGUGGUUCUCAACCUGGGGAUCCCCAGGUGUUUUGGUCUACAACUCCCAGAAAUCCCAGCCAGUUUACCAGCUAUUAAGAUUUCUGAUAGUUGAAGACCAAAACAUCUGGGGACCCACAGGUUGAGAAUCACUGGCUUAGAAGGUUACUCAUUCCUGGAACAGAUUGAGUGCCCCUUAUCCAAAAUACUUAGGGCCAAAAGUGUUUUAGAUAUUGGAAUACCUGUAUUUGCAUAUAUGUACAUAAUAUCUUGAAGAUGUGACUCAAGUAUAACAUGAAAUCCAUUUAAUGUUUCAUAUACAUCUUCUACACAUAGGCAGAAGGUAAUUUAAUCCAAUAUAUUAAUAAUUUUGUGCAAGAAAGUAAGUUUGUGUACACUACACCAUCAAAAAGCAAGGGUGCCACUAUGAAACCACUCAUCUGAACAAAUGUGGACUGAUUUGCAUUUUGGAAUUCCAGAUAUGAUAUACUCAACCUGCUUUUAGUACAAAAAGUAACUCUUUGCUGUUAAUUGUGAAGAUGUUGGGAAAAUCACAUUCUCUUAUUUGUUGCACAAACCACUAGUUUUAUUUUCUGUUAAUUUUGCGGGGAGAAAAAAAGCCUCAGGAUUUAUUAGUGAAUGACAUAAAACUUGAAACAUUCAUGUCCAAAUGUCUCUCAAAUGCUGUUUUAAAGUAACAGUUGAAAAUGACUAGAAAUAACAUUUUAACCAUAAGUAACUUUGUUUCCUUUUUCAAUCAAUAACUCCACCAAUGAUUUUACUCCUUAAACUAAGUAACUUUUCAGAUGUAUCUUUGUUACAGCCUUGUUACCCAAAGAAAUAGUUCAGUAGAGAUCACUACUUUAUUUGUAACUUGUUACAAGCUCUGGGCUUAUGUGUACAUAGUGAAAUGCAAAAUUCUCACAGAUAUUCUGUUUGUAAAUUAAGAAAGGGAUUCUGGAAAAUAAUGCUACAGUUCAAAUUUUGCAGUACUUUGAACUGUUAAUCAUUCUCCACUGACAUUCUGUUUCUGCCCACUUUGCUUUGAUCUGCUUUCCCAAUUUUCCAAUUACUUCCAACUUUCUGUACCUAAUAGGUAUUUUCCUUUUUACUGGGCUGUUUGUGCGAAGAUGAUAUAUAAUAUUUCUGUCUCAUACUUUGGCACACAGAAUUUCCUUCUGCAUGUUGAUACCUCUCUUUUCUUAUACCUCGAUUAUUUCUUUUGCUUCAAGCUGACCAUUAUUCACCACGUCAAUUAAUUGUUGAAUAUCUAAUAAGCAAUUGGUGGAGAUUAACUUGUUUAAAUCAUAUCAGAAGUGACUUGAGAGCAUACUGCAAGUCACUUCUGGUGUGAGAGAAUUGACUGUCUACAGAGACAUUGCCCAGGGGAUGCCCAGAUGUGUUAGCUGGGAGGCUUCUCUCAUGUCCCCACAAGCUAGAGCUGACAGACGGGAGGUCACCCUGUCUCGUGGAUUCGAACCUUCGAACCGGCAACCUUCAGGUCAGCAGUCCAGCUGGCACAAAGGUUUAACCCAUUGCGCCACUGCGUCUCCAGAGAGUAUCUAUUCAACCCACAGUUAGUUCUAAAUUUAGCUCACAAAAACUAAGGUGACUUAAUUUCAGUUAUUGUUCAUCCUUCACAAAUAUUUAAAAGGAGAACUCAAAGUACACUCCACUAUUUUCAGAAAUAACUUUGCAGUUGACUGGAAGUCACCUAAAAAUCUUCAUUGCUCAUCUUUUAAAAAUGUUUUUAUAUGUUAUUCCUAGUGAAUUAUACACUUAGAGUAAUACAGCUGUCAUAUUUUGAAUGGUGGUUCAUUGCUCAGUAAAAAGGCAUUACUUUAUCGACUUUUAAAGUCCCAAUAAUAUUCAAAUUCUGACAAAGCAUAUUACUUUGAAAGUGUUGAUAUCUUGCAGCAAAGAAAAAUUGUCUUUGUUUUGAAAAGUUGAUAUAGAUAAUGGUCAUAUUCUUGAAAACAUACUGUACUGUUAACUUAAAUGUAUCUUGUAUGUUUCAGUUCUGUUAGAAAAAUGAACAAAAUGGGAAGUUGACUUCCAUGUAAAGUAUUGUUGCAUAUAUGUUUACAUAAACUGUUUUCUAUUA